AUGCAUUAUACCAAGUUCCUUAGAUCUCUCCUAACCCUCCUCCCGCUCACCAAAGCCCACGCAUCUCAACCACAGGCCCCAUCCCUACAAUUCCUGUACACAGCUUACGUCCUCUGUUCUCCCUCCAUCUAUGAAAUGCAAACACCCUCGGGAAUCCAAAAAGCAAUCCCGAUCAUCGGCGGAAAUUUCACUGGGCCCAGAUUGAAAGGUAAAAUCCUAGAUCUGGGCGCAGACUGGGGAUACACCGAUCCACAGACGGGGAUCUUCUCCGCGAAUACGAGAUACAACUUGCAGACGCAUGAUGGGGCGAAUUUGUUUUUACAGACUUCGGGCGCGCAACAGUCCAAUGGGGAUUUACAUUUGAGGAUUGAUAUUGCGACUGGAGAUAAGGAUUAUUAUUGGUUGAAUAAUAUUGUUGCGUUUGGGACUUUGAGGGGUGUCGCGCAGAACGAUGAAGGGAUAUCGACUUUGCGGAUUGAGGCUUGGCAUAUGGCGGAUGAGUGGAACUCCACGACGUUCGUUAAUGGGACUACAUAUCCGUAA